UCACUAUUACAAGGAGUUACUAAUAGAGGGGUAUAUGGUAAAAAUGUACCUAUUGCAAACUAUAGACUAUAGUUAUCAGUAAUAUCUUAAUCAUCUUUCAUCAGCAGUAACAAAUGUACCCCACCAAUACUGUGGGCCAGUAAUGGGGAGGGAGAAUAAAGAAAUAUGGGAGGAUUUGUGUUUUCUUUUUUCUUUUUAUUUCUUUUCUGGAGUAAUGAAAAUGUUCUGUAAUUGAUCAUAGUGAUGUAUGUACAACUAUGUGAUGAUACUGUAAGCCAUAGAUUGUAUACUUCAGAUGGUUUGUAUGGUUUGUGAAUAUAUCUUAAUAAAGUUACAUCAAAGAAAAAAAUAGUUUUAGCCACAAAUUCAAGGAGUUAAUGUAUGUUGGCAUUUGUGGGAAAUGGAAAAAAGUAUUUUGAUCAGAUGAUAGCUUUUUAAAAAUUAUAUUUAAAUUCAGAAAUAAUUUUUUUCAUUGUUUAAAUUUUCUCAGGACUGAUGUUUCCGUAUUUGGAAUAUUUUUCUGACUGUGUAGCAUAUAUGUAUAUCAGUGUGCUGUUUCAAUAAGUUUUAUCUAUGUAUACAAACUUCAAGGUUCUGAGGAAGAAAUAGUAUUAAAUUUAAAGACUUCUUUUCCCCUGAGAUGAGUUCACUUACUUGGAGUAUGUAGAUUGAAAAUUAUAAAUGUGCAGUGAAGCAGGAAGAAGGAGAAAGCUCUUGGCAUCAGAUACUUCAUAUUUGUUAAAAUAGUUGAUAUUUUUAGGCUCUUGGGGUAUCCAAACUUACGAAUAAAUAGCAUGUUGUACCUAUUUUAAAAAUAACUUUUCUAUGAGUGAUAGUUUUGUGAGUGCAUCCUCCUGGUGUCCUGGGGCACUUCCUCCAAGUUGGGCUGACUUUGCAGUUCUCAUUGAGAAGAUAACUGCAAGCAUUCAUCAAGCACUGUCUAAAUCCUAGGAAGUGUACUGGCUAAUUUAAUCUCAGCACCCCUAUGAGGAAGGUACUAUUAUUUUUUACAAUUUUACAGAGGAAACAGGGACAUAGCUAAGGAUGUGGUGGCACUGAUCGUCAACCCAGGAAGUCUGGCUCCAGCUUGGCUCUCAACCUCUAACACUGUUCUGACAUGAAGAAUGAUAACCAGAUUUUUUUUUUUUUGAACACCAACUUUAAAGCGCUAUGUGUUUUAUCUCAUUUAAUGUCCCAGCUAGCCCAAAUACUAUGUUUAUCUUCCUUUUAAAUGAGGAAAUAGGUUUAGGUAAUUGGCUUGUCCAGAGUCUUACAGUGCUGAAACAAGCUACUCCAACCCGGAUGUCAGCCCUUAAUCGCCUCACCGAUCUGCCUCAUGAAUCCUUUGCAGGAAGAUAAUUUUUUUUUUUGGUUUUCAUGAGCACUUCAUGGUUUAGUUUAACAGUUAUUUAAAACUGUAUGAAGUUGGAAUUUAGCUUAUGGCUUCCUUAUGUUUAUUCAUCUUCUUUUCUGUGCUUUUUUUAGCCAGUGAUGCCACAGAAGUGUGUUUUCAUGCUUAAAGGUACAGUUGAGAAAGCUGAAGCUGGUCCUUCAGACCUUUGCAGAAAACCUGGGUUACUUACUGUUUGGAGAAAUUUUAAUGAAAGAUUGCUAAUUUUCUUCUGGGGUCAGGCACAAUAGGCUAAAGAAAUUGCUUUUGACUGAGGGAGGAUGCUGUUAAUCUUUAUUGUCAAGCAUUGUGGUACAAAUUCUAUGAAAUAUCAGAGUAUAAACUAAAUUUAUAAUGAAGUUAAAAGAAGAAAACCUUAACCAAAAUCUUAAAAUAACACUAGUUUCUUUGAUGUUUAUCUUGUAGUAAUUUACAGCAGAAUUCGGUUUUACUUAUUCACUUUGUAUUGAAUUAAUAGCUGUCAGUAAGUAGUUGAAUUAAUUCAUUGAUUUUUAAUUCUUAUCCCCAGCAUGUUUAGGGUAUUGAUAUUCCAAUUCUGGAUAACAAUGCACUGCAAAACAUGAUGUGCAUAAAUUACUACUUUUCAAACAUUCAGAAUACAAAAAAUAUACUGAAUUAUUCUGAUAAUAUCAGAAUAAAAGUAUUCUGAAAAUACUUUAGAUUUUAUUCUAAGUCCAUUCUUAAGAAAAUUGAAUUAAAAUUUUCAUAAAUACCAACCAGAAGAUGCCCAAUUGUUAGACCACAGAAUAAACUAGAAUUUACUCAUAGCUUACCUUAGAAGGUAUAAUCAUUUUAUUUCCUCUUUUAGCCUUCCCAACAUCAAGUUCCCUAGUAGUCUCAUCAGUGCCUUUGUAGCUCACCACCUCCACACCUUACUUUCUCCUUGUUUCCAUGAAAAUAGUACAGAUUUUACUUUUCUCCAUUCCAAAUGACAACCCCUCUCUUAAAAGCUGGAUCUUAAUGGUUCUUUGCUUUGUAGUAACAUGCACCAGAAAAAACCCUACUACUGAAAUAUGCAUUCAAUUUGAGACCCACUAAAUUCCCCUUUCAGAUGGUCUCUGGUGACUCAAAGAUGGAAUCUUCCAGAUUUGACAUCAGAAAAUAGCUGUGGGCAUUGUGAAUGUAACUUUGAUUGUUCUUCUCACGGAAGGAAGCUGUGCAAUUAUUAUUGUUGGUGUCAGAAAGAAAGUGGGGUUCAGAUUGCUUCAGAUUUCUCAUUAUUAAUGAGAAAAUUUGGAAUCUUCCCAAAAUAUUUCCAGGGGACAGUGAUAGGAAUGUUCUUUAGUGCACAGAGCUGAGCUUAAUUUACAAACCUAACUGAAAAUUUCUCUAAUGUUGUAUGUGAAUAUGGUGAAUACCAUUAUUAUACACAGUGUGGUUUUGCUGUGUGGGCUCAGGGUUAUAAUUACUCCCUUAGUACUGUGUGUAAAUUCUUGGGGGUUCCAUAUGCUAUCAUUUAGCAUCAUGGAUUUUUGUUUGAAAAUGACUUUUAUGGAGGUAUUUUUCAUUUCGCUCUUAAAUAAGGAAACAAUAAACCCUCAGGAAAAGCAACUUUCAUUUUGAUUAAGAGCUCUUGGUUUUAAGCAUUUGUACUUUUGGCUUGAAACCACAGGCUUAUGCAUCGGGGAGUAUAAUUUUAAGAUAAUGAUAGUAUAGUACCUAAACCAUAUUUUUAUCAGAUAAUUAGUUUAAUAUUUUUUUUCAUUGAAGGAAAACUUCCCCAAAAUACUUGAAAAAUUUCUAGGGUCAUAUGGUUUCUUUUCCAGUGAGUAAUGGCUGAUGGUGCUUGAAGAGUCAGGAGCAUUCAAGUUCAGCUGCUUCUCUAAACAAGCCCUUAUCAGUUAACCUCUUUGGUUCUCUUUCUUUUGCCUAUAAAGUGUGAAGAUAUAGCUUCUUUAAAAUAAAAUAUUGUAUGGAUUAUGGACAGGUGAACAUAACAUUGCAUGUCUGAUGCUUCUUCCCUUUUAUUAAAAAUAACAUUGAGCUCUUACUUCUUGACAGGUUAAAGGCCUUAUAAGUGCAUCACACAUAUUUAAUCACCCUAUGAAGUAGGUACAUUUUAAGUCUGAGAGAAUGGAGGCUUUGAGAGCAUAAGUCAUUUGAUCAAAGCUGGUGGACAGCAGAGCUGGGAUUUACACUUAGGUCCAAUUCCAAGCCCCAUAUUGUUAAUCAUUAUGCUGUGCUUCUUAGAUUUGACACAUAUUACAAGAGUGUUUUUAAUCCAUCUUAAUUUGGGGCAUGUUUAACUUUCUAUGGGGUGAUUUCUCUCUUCCAUCCGUAUACUUUUCUAUAUUUCUAAAGCCUGAGGAAUUGAAAGAACUUUUGUUCUACCGUAUGUUUCAUUCUAUAAACAGUCCCAGACCAUUUGGAAACCCACAUCAUUUUUGAAGCGAGCACUAGUUUUCAGAUCCUUUCCUUCUCAGCACAUUCUGUGCUCUCUUUGUGUAAGGAUGGCAAAAAUGGAAGACUUAAUGGUGUUGAACGUUGUAGCCCAGUUUUGUUAAAGGGAAGAAGGUUGGUUUAGGGUUUAGGAGAUUGGGGUUCUAGUUCUGCCUCUGAGGCUGAUUCUCAUAUGGAGCAAAUUACUAAUUGUUUUGCCACUUUGUUAUUGUACAGUAAAAACUUAAAUAUGCAAAAAGCAUUUAGGGUGAUAGAAACAAAGUGUCUCUGUGUCAGCAAUUGUAAUAGCUGCAAGUGGUUAUUGGAACUAGACUUAAAGCAAAAUAAUUUGGGGCUUAGUGUUGCUUUAUGAGGGCCGAUUUAAAAAAAUCAGAAUUCAGGCAGCUUGUUAAAUGCUUUUAAUAUCAUUAGGCUUCACCUUAGCAUAAUGCUAGCUAGACUCAGGGCACUGCAGCUAGAUAUGGGGCUUGCUGCAGGGAAAUGAUCAAAUUACUAUCAGACUUAUUUUGUGGUAACAGUGAUUCUCAAAUGCCUGUACUGUAUCUAUCAAUUAAGUCAAACUAUAGGAAUGUUACCUCCUCUGAGCUGUGUAGAAGGAGACAAAGUAGGGGAGGAAAAUUGGGUUUGUGAAAAUUAGUGUACUACAGUGGAAGAGAAGAGGAAUGAAAGAAUUUCAUGGGAAGUGAGGCUCAGUAAGGUCAUGCAAAAAUCCUGAGAGUUUCAUUAUGAAUAAGGUAUGUAUUAGUAGAGUCAGCUGCUGAGGGUAUUCUGUGAAUUAACCAAAUUGAGAAUGCCAUGUUCUUGAACUGGGCCAAGUGCAAUGUAAAGAUUUAAGGCAGCUGGCACUGCCCUGCUCUGUCUGGAACACAGUGAGCUAGGGGGAGAAUGGCUUGAGAGAUUAUCUGCAAACAUCUGGAAGUAUAGAUUUAUUUCUCCAAGGUGUGUAGGUGUGUGUCUGUGUGUGUGUGCAUGCGCGUGCGGGUGUGUGUGUUUCAUGGUGGGGGAGAGGAAGGUUUGGGGUUGGGGGUUCUGGUAAACUCAUAGCCUUUAACAGUUAUUAUUUCACUCUGCAUUUUCAGCAUUUCUCAAACUGUAAUCAUUCACACGAUGCCUUCAGGAAUUUUUGCCAUAUCUAUUUAUCAUCUUUAUGUUUUUUAAACUUACUUUUAAAUUUCCAUGAAUUUAAAACAGGAGCUUUAUAUAUCUUUUGAAAUCUCAGGUUUGAUGUGCUAGUUAUAGUUUUUCCUAAUGCAAAUUGAAAUAAGUACAUAAAAUUAACAUAAAAGCUCACCACCUAAAAUUAUUUAAAGAAAUACACUUUUUAUCUAAUUUUAACUCCUCUCCUUACAGAGUGGGAAGACACAAUGCCAAAGAUGAAUGGUUGAGGGAAAAUUCCAAAGACUGGAAAUAGGGGUUUAUCGGUGGAAUUUUCUGGACAGGGUUAAGAUGAUGGAUGGGAAUUAGGUCUCCCUUUAGAUUGUCAGCCGAAAGCAAAUUCAGUUAGUCGUCAGUUUAGUUCAAUUUCCUUCCUUCCUCCCUCCCUCUCUCCCUCCCUCCCUCCCUCCCCCUCCCUCUUUCUCUCUUUCUUUCAACUAUUGAAUAUUUUUUAAGUUAUGUAAGUUUCUAGACUUUGUGAAUGUUUUCGUCCAUUAGUUUCCUAGAAAAUUUUUUACUGGAAAAUCCCAAACUUGUCUCGGCUUCCAAUAAGGGGGAACAAAGUUUCUCCUUGCUCAAUUGAGUGAUGAGAUCUACUUUACCAGUUCCUAAGCCUAAGAGUGUAGUUCAGUUUAAACAGCAUUGAUGAACCCCCUUUUAUUUGCCAGGCACUGUGAUGGAAAAAUGAAGCUAUGGUUUACGCCUUCUCUGAGGCAUGUAUUAUACAUCACUGAAACUGUCUAAUGUUAUACAGCUGUGUGGCAUAUACAGGAGACAUCAACUCUCUGGGUGUUUCAACAAAGGUUUUAGUAGCUGGGAGAGCAGUGGAAGGCUGGGCACAUUGAAUGGAACCUAAGGAAGGCAACAGGCAAUUUGUGCCCCCGGAGGAGCUGUGGCCCUUUCUCUCAGGCAGUCUUCACAGGUGAUUCUUCAGCAGAAUUUCCUUGGGUUCUGCAAUGGCCAUUAUGACAUUCCAACAAGAAUUGUUUUAAAUGUGUGAUUAACUCACAGCAAUAAAAGGGAACCAUCAAGAAUAGUUGGCACUGUCAGAUGGCAUCAUUCCCAAAACAACAAGUUAAUGAGGUUCUGUGCUUUGGGAUCCCCUCUUCUGUUUAAAUAUACUCAGACCCAACCUACAUAACUGGAAGCAAUGGGGCAGAAGUGGCCGGGAUCACAGUAUGAGUUCUGUUGGUGUAGGCAUGUAGACCCUGUGGUGUGAGGGCCUCUCUGGAGCAGCUCUGACUAUGUCAGUGACUCAGUCCUGGGUAGGAGGGGAGGUAUGCACAGGGCAAUGAGAAAGAGAAUUAAAAACCUCAGGCUUAGCAACCCUUAGGAAAUGUGGGAACAGAAUCUGAGAUGGAGAAAUUCCAGUCUCCACACAUCCUCUCAUCCAUCCUCCCAAGGCCAUCCCGCUACCUACCCAUGACUUGCACUCCUUGCACAUUCAGAAACCAGUAGUUGAGAGAAGAUGUCUUCAGUCCCAUGCAUGUGUUGGUCAGUUGAAGGAGAAACUUCGAACCUUAUUCUGGGUGCCGAAAACCCUAACAAUGCUAAUGCUAAUUACACUGAUAAAGACUGCACCCAAUCUUGGACUUCUGGGGAUUUAUUUUACUUACCCACACAACACACACACACAGACACAGACACACACACACAAACACACACACGUUUUUUUAAACAACACACAUUAUUAGCAGUAUUGUUCUCUGAAAAAGGGAAGAGAAAGAACCCCUGGGGAAACUGAGUAUUACUUCAGUCCCAGCCACAUCCCGGUUGCCAGAGCCCACACCCCUCCUCAGGCGUAACCACAGAAGACUAUUUCUUUUGGCUGGGUCUCUGACCUUGAAGGAUCCAGCCAGUCGCCUUGAAGCUUUGGGUGCUAGACAAAAUACCAGCCGAAUCCAAGAGUGAUUUCUGUUUUACAGGUUUUAUUUAGCAUGGCUAAAUUAAAAAAUUUUUUUAACCCGUCACAAGUUAUGCUCUUGAAAUAAGUUAAAAACACUUCACAAAACCACUGUCAUGGUGUUUUCUUAUAUCUAGUCUAAAGCACAUUUAGAAAUAUAAAGAAUACCAGAAUUUAAGGGAGCAUCCCGCCUUUCUCUUGAAAAUGCAGCAAGGUAAGAAGGUGGCUUGAGCUGUGUAUGUAUUAAAUUCUUAGUUUUCUCCCUUCUGAAUGUGACAAGGUGGUUCUUCCUUGGGAAAAUAGUUUGCGUUCAUCUUGGGAGGUUGAUUCUUCUCCAUCAUUUUCUCCCUUUAAUAACCCAAAACUACUGUUCGUUAUUUACAUAAAACUGUCUUUUUCUGGUCUGUUUCCUGUAACCUUUCCCCUCUUAAGAAUUUUAAGAAUUUCCUGAUUUUCCUCUGGGAGAUUUUAUGCCCGCUUUAUCCCAGAUGUAGGACAUAGACUAGGUUGAGGUUUUUCCCCCACUAAUGUUCUUACAUUUGAAAGACAUUCCUUUAACCUUUGAGCAAAUCUACCACUGAAAAGAGGUUUUUAGGAAAAUCAAGUAGUUAAGAAAAUAUGUGAGUUUGGCUUAAGUUUCUGACUUGCUGAAAGACACCAGAAUCCAUAUGCAAAAUGAAAAAGUAGACAGUAGUAUCAGAUAAUAAGGGGAAAAUGUACACGUGUUAUUUUAGCUUUUUACUUGUGUGAUUUUAUUUUCUGAAUGAGGAUGUGUCAAACUGUUUGGUCCUGUGACCCCAUGUCUCGUCUUUGCACAUAUGCUGUCCGCCCAGGGUGAGCGUGGGUGUGGCAGGUGUUUACCUGGCCUUUGUCUUCACAGCCUUCACCUUCGGCCCCUGCAAAGGAGACACUUAAUUGUAUGCAUAAUAUUUUAUCUGCUUAUAUUCUUAUAGAUGUGUUACUUCUAAUUCCUUUUACAGAAUGGGGAAUGUUAGGAAGGUGGGAGGAGUUAGGGUGAAAGAGUCCACAUUAAGAAAUACAGGAUUUUCCAUUUUUUUUUUCCAUAAUGUCCAUUUAGAUUCCCGAGACAUUUCACCACAUGCUUUUGGUUAUUGUGGUCUACGUUUUAACGUCUAAAAAAAUAUAAAAUCUAAACUUUUUUGCAUGACAAAAUGUGAGGAGAAUGCCAAGGAGAGUUUUUGUCCCUGACUUGAACAAAUAUUACAUUGAUUCCAGAAAUCUAAGGUUCUGUUUCCCACAAAUGAAUGUAUCUGAUGUACAUUACUUAGUUUUAUAAAAUCAGAACUUAUUAAGUUUACUAAGUUUUCUCAAGUGCUCUUUCUUCCUAGAUCAAGUUUUGGUCACAUUCAGAAUACCUAAAUUCAUUAGCUUUAUUUUUCAAUAUUGAGUCCUUUUCCAGUAGUGUCAGUUUUGUAAAAACUAGGUCCCUGCCUACUCUAUGUUUCCUACUAUGCUAUGCUCCGUUGACUGACGUGUCCUUUUUUCUCUCUCCUAUAGGAUCUUCCAAAGAUGGUUUGGCUUCCUUGGAGAUUUGGAGAUCUGAUGCCACGAUGAGGACUCACACACGGGGGGCUCCCAGUGUGUUUUUCAUAUAUCUCUUUUGCUUUGUGUCAGCAUACAUCACCAAGGAGAACCCAGAAGUCAUGAUUCCCUUCACCAAUGCCAACUACGACAGCCACCCAAUGCUGUACUUCUCCAGGGCUGAGGUGGCGGAGCUACAGCUCCGUGCAGCCAGCACACAUGAGCACAUCGCCGCCCUCCUCACCGAGGCUGUGCACACCAUGCUCUCCAGCCCCUUGGAGUAUCUUCCUCCCUGGGAUCCCAAAGAGUACAGCGCCCGCUGGAACGAAAUCUAUGGAAACAACCUGGGUGCUUUGGCAAUGUUCUGUGUGCUGUAUCCUGAGAACAUUGAAGCCCGAGACAUGGCUAAAGACUACAUGGAGAGGAUGGCAGCGCAGCCUAGUUGGUUGGUAAAAGAUGCUCCUUGGGAUGAAGUCCCGCUUGCUCACUCCCUAGUUGGUUUUGCCACCGCCUAUGACUUUUUGUACAACUACCUGAGCAAGAUGCAACAGGAGAAGUUUCUUGAAGUGAUUGCCAAUGCCUCGGGAUAUAUGUAUGAAACGUCAUACAGGAGAGGUUGGGGGUUUCAGUACCUGCACAAUCAUCAGCCCACCAACUGCAUGGCUUUGCUCACAGGCAGCCUAGUUCUGAUGAAUCAAGGGUACCUUCAAGAGGCCUACUUGUGGACCAAGCAGGUUCUGAGCAUCAUGGAGAAAUCUCUCGUCUUGCUCCGAGAGGUGACGGACGGCUCCCUCUAUGAAGGAGUCGCGUACGGCAGCUACACCACUAGAUCACUCUUCCAGUAUAUGUUUCUCGUUCAGAGGCACUUUGGCAUCAACCACUUUGGUCAUCCGUGGCUUAAACAACACUUUGCAUUUAUGUAUAGAACCAUCCUGCCAGGGUUUCAAAGAACGGUGGCCAUUGCAGACUCAAAUUACAACUGGUUUUAUGGUCCAGAAAGCCAAUUAGUGUUCCUGGAUAAAUUUGUCAUGCGUAACGGCAGUGGUAACUGGCUGGCUGACCGAAUCAGGAGGAACCGCGUGAUGGAAGGUCCAGGGACGCCAUCCAAAGGGCAGCGCUGGUGCACUCUUCACACGGAAUUUCUCUGGUAUGAUGCAAGCUUGAAAUCUGUUCCUCCUCCGGAUUUUGGCACCCCUACAUUGCAUUAUUUUGAAGACUGGGGUGUUGUGACUUAUGGAAGUGCACUACCUGCAGAGAUCAAUAGGUCUUUCCUUUCCUUCAAGUCAGGAAAACUUGGGGGACGUGCAAUAUAUGACAUUGUCCACAGAAACAAAUACAAAGACUGGAUCAAAGGCUGGAGAAAUUUUAAUGCAGGGCAUGAACAUCCUGAUCAAAACUCAUUUACCUUUGCUCCCAAUGGUGUGCCUUUCAUUACUGAGGCUCUUUACGGGCCCAAGUAUACCUUCUUCAACAACGUUUUGAUGUUUUCCCCAGCUGUGUCCAAGAGCUGCUUUUCUCCCUGGGAGGGUCAGGUCACAGAAGACUGCUCAUCAAAAUGGUCUAAAUACAAGCAUGACCUGGCAGCUAGUUGUCAAGGCAGAGUGGUUGCAGCGCUGGAAAAAAACGGAGUGGUUUUCAUCCGAGGAGAAGGUGUGGGAGCUUAUAACCCCCAGCUCAAUCUCAAGAACGUUCAGAGGAAUCUGAUCCUCCUGCAUCCACAGCUUCUUCUCCUUGUGGACCAAAUACAUGUGGGAGAGGAAAGCCCCCUGGAGACAGCCGCAAGCUUCUUCCACAAUGUGGAUGUUCCUUUUGAGGAGACAGUGGUAGAUGGAGUCCAUGGAGCUUUCAUCAGGCAGCAAGAUGGUCUCUAUAAAAUGUACUGGAUGGAUGAUACUGGCUACAGUGAGAAAGCAACCUUUGCUUCAGUGACAUACCCUCGGGGCUAUCCCUACAAUGGGACAAACUAUGUGAAUGUCACCAUGCACCUCCGAAGUCCCAUCACCAGGGCAGCUUACCUUUUCAUAGGGCCAUCUGUAGAUGUUCAGAGCUUCAGUAUCCAUGGAGACUCUCAGCAACUGGAUGUGUUUGUAGCCACCAGUGAACAUGCCUAUGCAACCUACCUUUGGACAGGUGAGAUCACAGGACAGUCUGCUUUUGCACAGGUCAUUGCAGAUCGUCAGAAAAUUCUGUUUGACCAGAGCUCAGCUAUCAAGAGCACCACUAUCCCUGAGGUGAAGAAUUAUGCUGCAAUUGUGGAACAGAACCUGCAGCGUUUUAAGCCAGUGUUCCAGCUGCUGGAGAAGCAGAUCCUGUCCCGAGUCCGCAACACAGCCAGCUUUAGGAAGACUGCUGAGCGCCUGCUGCGAUUUUCAGAUAAGAGACAGACUGAGGAGGCCAUCGACAGGAUUUUUGCCAUAUCCCAGCAGCAGCAGCAAAGCAAGUCAAAAAAGAACCGGAGGGCAGGCAAACGGUAUAAAUUUGUGGAUGCUGUUCCUGAUAUUUUUGCACAGAUUGAAGUCAAUGAGAAAAAGAUUCGACAGAAAGCUCAGAUUUUGGCACAGAAUGAACUGCCCAUAGAUGAAGAUGAAGAAAUGAAAGACCUUUUAGAUUUUGCAGAUAUAACAUAUGAGAAACACAAAAAUGGUGGCUUGGUGAAAAGCCAGUUUGGACAGGCACAGAUGGUGAUAACUACUCGCAGCAGAGCCCCCUCACUAUCUGCUUCGUAUACCAGGCUGUUCCUGAUUCUGAACAUUGCUAUUUUCUUUGUCAUGUUGGCAAUGCAAUUGACUUAUUUCCAGAGGGCCCAGAGCUUACAUGGCCAAAGAUGUCUUUAUGCAGUCCUGCUAAUAGAUAGCUGUAUUUUAUUGUGGUUGUACUCGUCUUGUUCCCAGUCACAGUGUUAGCACUGAUGCUCUAUGUUGCUUAUCAUUUUGUGAUCACAAGAGUCUAUGCAAAAAAAAAAAAAUUUUUUUUUCCUUUGCCCUAAGUUGUUUCUGGGUUUUUUUCCCCCUCAAAUUCGUUUUAACAAGUUAAGGGGAAGAUGUUUUCAGACAAGGAAGCAGGGACAUGGUGAAGUCAUGUUUGGAGCAGGCAAAGAAUUUAUCAAAGGAUUAAGAGUUCGUUCAGUUGUUCCAUGGUGUUUCUGGAAGUGUUUUGCUUUGCUAUUUUAACAGUCUGUGUAAUACUACUUGUAGAAGAAACGAAAAGUCUGGCAUUAAGUAAUAUUUUUUUCUUAAGAGAAACAAAGAUUUACAUGGAAUUGAGUUUGGUUAAUAUUAAUUUAAUGCUACUUAGUAAUUUUCAGAUACUAUUUUAUGAAAAAGACUAAAGCACACAAUCUGAGAAAUACAAUUAUUUUUUAAUGUCAUAGUCAUGUUGAAAACUAAUGGUUGAUAAGUCCUGAUUAUGGUGGAAUCCGCUUCCUUGGAAAAGCAGUGCUUUAAAAGUGAACAGCAGGGUCAGAUUAUUGACUUGCUGUUCAGAUAACAUAAUAAAAAUAAUGGCAAAAGACCAUUAAAAACUUAAAAUAUUUUUCCAGUAGAAAACAGUUAUUUAGGAAUGAAUAUUUCCUUGAUUAUGGCCAUCUCGGCACACCUAUGGUUGAUUACUUUUAUCCAUUCAUUGGUUGUUCAAUAAGUAAAACAACUACAGAUAACUUAGUUUUGUAUUUUCUUUACAUGGAAAACUGUUGUAGACCCAUUGACUAAACAAUAAACAAUAAAAUAUUUUGUAUCCUGAAGGUGGGUUGCAAUACCAAAGAAGAUGAGGAAGCUAAAAUUUGGAAAUGAUUUUUAUAUUUUUUUAUUAAAAAAAAACUUUCUUCAAGUUUAUUUUGCUAAAUAAACUGAUCCUACUUGUGAUUUUU